UGUUGACCGCGUAAGAUGCUCGUAUAACAGUAGUAGGCGUAUUUCACGCAGCAUACUUAUAACGACAAGCGAUAUGCUGGUGUUGCCGUGGUAGUGGUGAGUGAAGUAUGUGACAGUGUGUGUGAGUGCGAUCUAGAUCGGGAACGAUGAGUGGAUGAAAAGUGUUUUAUAAAAAAGUGCAGCAUGGCUGAAGAAAAUUUUAUAAAAGAUAAUGACGUUCCACAACUAGAGGAAUAUGACACUGGACGCACAACUCCAGCUGCAGCUGUGUUGCCCUGGGACAGAUUCUCGCGAUGGAUUCAUUGUAUAUGUGUUGUUACAUUCGAUUUGGAACUGGGACAAGCAUUAGAGAUAAUUUACCCAGGCCACAUAAAUCUCUCGGAGCAAGAAAAAUCUAAUAUUUGCUAUUUAGCAUUUCCUGACUCAAAUUCAGGAUGUAUGGGUGAUACUCAGUUCCACGUUCGUAUACGAAGAUCUGCUGGCAAUGCUGAAUUGAUGCCAGAGCAUCAGUACUACAAUCAAAAAUGCCCUGUAUAUUUACAAAUCGAUCCUGGAUAUUAUUACGGUUAUGUUUACUUCCGGCAAGUGAAAGAUAAAACUCUUCCGCGUGGUUAUUUCCAAAAGAGUUUGGUUAUUGUGUCCCGUUUGUCAUUCUUGAGCCUCUUCACUGAAGUGUGUUCUUUGAUCGCCCCUGAAUAUUUUGAAAAUGGAGAGCCAAGUAUAGAAGCUGCGUGCCAUGAUAUAGACCAGUGGCCAAGUCCUGUCCCUGGAGAAAACGUUAAUCUACCACUGUUUGGAACAGUGCUUCAGGCUUAUAUUCCUGUUCAAAGCAAAAAGCCAUGCAGUGUAGUUCCAUCAGGCUCACCUCCAAGAAUGAAUUCAUUAGUGCAGCCACCACCGACUGUCCUCCGCUCUAUUCAUGAAGUAAACUUAUUCCGAUGUUUUUCACCUGUUGUCUCACAUGUACUCCUCUUAUGGGAAUUAGUACUUACUGGUGAGCCAAUCGUGGUAAUGGCUUCAUCUCCCUCUACGUGUUCAGAAAUGGUGCAAGCUCUUGUAAGCAUGAUUGCACCACUGACAUAUUGUGGUGAUUAUCGACCAUACUUCACUAUCCAUGACAGUGAGUUCAAAGAAUAUACUACUAAAGCUCAUGCUCCUCCAUAUGUCAUUCUUGGUGUGACAAAUCCGUUCUUUGCAAAAACACUGCAGCACUGGCCACACAUAAUUAGAAUAUGUGAGCCAUCCAAUACAGAGACUGUGCAGAAACACAAGUUGAAGAAAGGUGGCAAUAUAAAGAUGCUGGAUUCAAAGCCUGGUGUUUAUACCCACUAUCGACCAUUUCUCCACAAAGAUAAGUUGAUUCUGAAGAAACUUAUGAAAGGUAUUCAGACAAAACGACCAGGGGAGGUACAAACAGCUUUGCUUAAAAGGCAUCUUCUUGAAGUUACACAAAGUUUCAUGAUCCCUUUAGAGAGAUAUAUGGCCAGCCUCAUGCCACUUCAGAAAAAUAUAUCCCCUUUCAAGGCUGCACCCACACCAAGACCUUUCAACCAGGAAGAGUUUCUGGCAACCCUUGGGACUUCAGGACCUCAACUUACCUCCAUCAUCAAAGGAGACUGGGUAGGCCUGUAUCGCCGGUUCUUCCGCUCACCAAAUUUCAAUGGCUGGUAUAAUAUGCGACAUCGAGAAGUGAGUCAGAAACUACAAGCGCUGCAACUUCAAGCAUUAUCACGUGCUGAUCUGAAGAUGUGGGUGAAAGGCAGACAAGAAGUGGAAAUUGUUGAUAUGAUCUUGAGGAUUCGCCAGAAGCUAGAACAGUGUAAAGCGAAUGAUCUUCCCCUAAGUGAUGAUGUACAAGAACAGCUGCGGUACAGAAUGUCUGAGAUCAUGUGUACACUACCUGAGGAUCUGAAGGCUGUGUUGAAAGUGAGCUGAUGGUGUCUUGAUCUGUUUCAGUACAAAGUUUGUAAUCUUCCAAAACUUCUGCUGUGCCUCACUGACUAGAGAAGCACGUUAAAUGUGACUCAUUGGAGGAAUGCAAUCUCUCUUGGUAAACUGAUAAUAAUGGUGCCUUGAAAAUCUCUCCAGUGUCUAUGAGUCCAUAAGAGGCUUGAAGAAAAUAGUUAUUUUAUUUCACAAAUCCUACCAUUUUUGUAGAUUGAAAUAUUGUGUGUGUGAAUGUAAUUGUAUGUUAUGGAUGUUACUCUUUCUGUAUUUCUUCCAAAACUUAAAUAGCUCUGUGUGUGGAACAUGGAGCUAUAGUUUUAGCUGGUCCCUGUGUUUACCAUUUUGACCAACAAGCUUGCCUACAUCAAAUGUGAGAGCAACAGUGAAUGAGAUGUUUAUCUGUCCAACACUCUUUUUAAUGUAGAAGUAAGUUAAAAAAGGUAAUUUUUUUUACGUGUUGACUGUCCUAACAGUAGCAUCAAAUGAAACAUUUUAUGUGCAUGGUGUAUGAUGCAAGUAACUACCUAGGAGGAAGUGAAAUUUGACAUGUAUCACUGUAUGCAUUUUGCUUCUUCUACUUUUAUUUGUUCAGGACUAGACCAUUGUAAAUGAAACCCAUUAGAUGUUGUUCUGUGUGUAGAAAAUGAGUGUACAAUUAUCAGCCUGCAUUAAUUGUAGUUAUUCACAGUCAAGUUUCACUUCGGUGUUUCUUCCAGUCAGCAUCUGAACAUAUCUCAUGUUGUUAAAUUUAUUAUGCAGUGGUAAAAGAGAAAAAAUGUUUGUGUGUAGUGUAACUGAGACACAGUACUGUACUGUGUGGAAAACUGUUUCAUUAUGUUUUUGGAAUCAAGUAUAUCAGAUCAGUGAGCCAAGAUUUCUAGUUAUCCACUAGAACCCAUAUUAAGCUUGCAAUUGGUUGAAAGUAUGUCCAGUUUUUGAAGUAACUCGAAGUACAGUUAUCACAAAAUCAUCUGAAAUAGUUGAUUGCUGGAAAGUAUCAUGAAAAACCACAUAACUAAAAAAGAGACUUAGUGCAUUUUGUGUGUGUUAAUGUCAGUGUUACGUUAUGCCAGUGUAUUUAUAGAUGUGAAUGAACAAGGCCUAACAGGGAACUCAUUGGAAAGGCUAGUGAAAAACAGGAUGAUGAAUUUUGGUGAUUGAAUAUAUUUUUGAUCAAUCGUAUAAGUCAGAUAAGUGUACCUAUGGCCUGAGUGACUGCCUAACUUUUAAAAAGCUGAAAUGUUCAGUGAAUGUUUGCUUCAACUAAUCACACUAUAGAGUGGUGUUUGUGUCCAAGGCUUUGGCCAACUGUGUGUCUCAGAAUAUAGUUCAAUACGUU